CGGACAUGUACACAUGUUGACAAUGACAUGGGAUUGAACAGAUGACGAAAGGACUAUGGAUGAAACACUACGGCACCACAACCCAAACCCGUCAGUUAACGCUAACUUAUUUUCAAGAAUCUUCUUCUGUUGGCUGAAUCCACUGUUUAAAGAUGGCUACAAGCGCCCCCUUGAGACCAGCGAUAUGUUCAACGUGGCACCACAGGACGCGUCGGACAUGCUGGGAGAUAAGCUAGAAAGAGAGUGGAUGAAGGAAAUAAAAAAGCAGAAGAAAACAGGAAAGAAACCAAGUUUAAUGAAGGCUUUGAUUAGAAUGUUCGGGUUCAAGUACAUGUUGCUGGGCAUCAUAAUAUUAUUUGAGGAAGGAACUAAGGUUGUACAGCCAGUGUUGCUGGGUGGACUGAUCCGGUAUUUCACGCGGGAGGCAACGAUAACGAAAACUGAUGCAUACAUGUACGCACUGGGCGUCAGUCUGUGCGCGGUGGUUCUCGCCAUCACUCACCACCCGUACUUCUUCAUUGUCACCAGACUCGGCAUGCAGAUGAGGGUGGCCUGCUGUUCCCUCAUGUACAAGAAGUCUUUACGACUAAGCAACAAGGCUCUAGGGGAGACAACUACGGGUCAGAUUGUCAACUUGAUGUCCAACGACGUGAACCGGUUUGAUCAAGCUGUAAUAUUUCUCCACUUUAUGUGGGUCGGUCCGCUCCAGGCUCUGGCCGUCCUGAUAAUCCUGUGGCAUGAACUCGGUCCCACGGUGCUCGCCGGGUUCGCAGUUCUACUCCUGCUUAUUCCUGUGCAGGGAUGGAUGGGAAAACUGUUCUCAAAACUUAGACAGAAGACGGCUGUUUUUACGGAUGAUAGAGUGCGCAUUAUGAACGAGAUUAUCUCAGCAAUUCGGGUCAUUAAAAUGUACUGCUGGGAGAAACCAUUUGGAGAAUUGGUCAGAAAAGUGCGAAGGUUGGAGUUGAAACACGUGUACCGUGUAAAGAAGCUGAAGAGUUUUCAGGCCGGCUCGAGUCACAUCGGCUCUCGCUUGAUGGCCUAUGGGGUCGUCCUUGCUUUUGUCCUCUCGCGCCACCGUGAGGGCUUUCGAGCUCGCAACAUAUUCCUCAUGUUGCCCAUGUUCGGCGUUAUCUCCAAGCAGGUGAUAUUCCGUAUGGGUCUCGCAGUUUCUGCAGCCGCUGAAUUACUUGUCACCAUUUCAAGAUUUAGGACGUUUCUGUUGUUGGAGGAGACUGAACAUAGCUCUUCCGUGGUCCACAAUGAUCUGCCGGCCAAGACUCACGACUGUUUUAUCAGGAUGAACAAUGUGACUGCAAAGUGGGACAAGAAUGUUGACCAGAACACUUUAGAAAAAAUUUCUCUGGAUGUGCGGCCGGGAGAGCUGGUUGCUGUCAUUGGACCAGUUGGAGCGGGCAAGUCUUCGUUGCUGAUGUCUCUGUUAGGAGAACUGCCGGCCAGCGAGGGAUCAAUUGCAAUAGGCGGCAGAGUGGCCUACGUAUCCCAGCAGCCUUGGGUCUUUUCCGCCAGCGUUCGACAGAAUGUUCUCUUUGGUCAGCAGAUGGACGACUCGUUCUACAGCAAGUGUCUAAGUGCUUGUGCACUCAACAAGGAUCUUGACAUUUUUCCGAAUGGUGACAGCACCCAGAUUGGUGACCGUGGGGUCAGUCUGAGUGGAGGUCAAAGGGCAAGGGUCAGUUUGGCAAGGUCGCUAUACACUGAUGCUGAUAUUUACUUGCUUGACGAUCCACUGAGUGCAGUAGACGCGGCUGUCGGAAAACAUAUUUUUCAGAGAGUUAUUCAAGGUGUUUUGAAGAAGAAGCCGAGGAUUCUGGUGACUCAUCAGUUGCAGUACUUACAGGCUGCAGACCGCAUCCUUAUUCUUAAAGAGGGCAGACUGAUGGGCACGGGAACCUAUGAAGAGUUAUCAAGGUCAGGAAUCGACUUUGCAUCUCUGCUGAAGGUCGAAGAGAAGGACGAAACCGGCGUGCCAGGAUUUUAUUCAUCACAUGCAAUCGGGCAGUCAUCAUCGAAAAUCAACAACAUCGGAUCAACAGUGUCGCUAAAUUCCAUCACCUCAGAUUUCGAGCCCGAGAAGGUCCAGGUGUGUGAGGAGGAGACAAAGAAGGUCGGGACUGUCGGGUUUGGUGUCUACCUCGAGUACUUCAAGGCGGGCUCGAACAUCUUCACCUUCACCCUGCUCAUCGUGAUGAAUCUCCUGGCACAGCUCUCCUACAUCAUGAGUGACUGGUGGCUCGCACGAUGGUCAAACCAGGAGGAAGCCAGAGUGGCGAAAAUCAAAGAAUAUGAAGCUGCCGGUUGGACGGGAUUUAACAACACGUAUAUCGGCGCAUACAAUCCCAGCACGAAUACCAGCACACCUACAGUUAGCACAAACUUUAGUGUAGAUCUACAUAACUCGAACAUAACCAUAGACAUUCCCGUGGUCGACUCGAACACAAACCUCUACAUAUUCAGUGGAAUAGUCGGCUCAGUCUUCCUGUUCGGUCUGUUACGAGCACUUCUGUUCUUCAAGAUCGCGAUCGACGCGUCACAGAAACUUCACAACAGGAUGUUCACCAACAUUCUGAGAGCGCCAGUCGUUUUCUUUGAUGCAAAUCCUGUAGGUCGAAUAUUAAACCGGUUUUCAAAAGAUAUAGGGCACAUGGACGAUUUGCUGCCCAUUACUUUCUUUGAUUUUAUCCAGUGUGCCCUGCUGAUUCUAGGGAUUGUUGUUGUGACUGGCGCCGUGAAUCCCUGGGUCUUCAUCCCGGUCGGACCACUCGGUGUCCUCUUUAUCGUCGUACGACAGUAUUAUCUGCGGACUUCACGCAGUGUCAAACGACUUGAAGCCACGUGUCGAAGCCCAGUUUUCUCCCACCUGAGUGCCUCCCUGCAAGGCCUGCACACGAUCCGAGCGUUCGGCAUGCAGUCCAAGUUCAUGCAAGAGUUCGACGCCCACCAGGACCUGCACACGGAGGCCUGGUUCCUCUUCCUCAGUACGAGUCGCUGGCUGGCUGUACGCCUCGACUGGCUCUGUGUCACGUUCGUCACAGCCGUCACCAUGUGCAGUGUGAUAGCAUCAGAGAAUCUGGAUGCUGGCCUGGUGGGUUUGUCUGUCACAUACGCUAUGACAUUGAUGGGUUUGUUCCAGUGGGGAGUGCGGCAGAGUGCUGAAGUAGAAAACCAGAUGAUAUCUGUGGAGAGAGUUCUGGAAUAUUCCAAGAUCUCUCCAGAAGCUGCUCUAGAAUCCGACCCUGAGCACAAGCCUCCAUCUGAUUGGCCAAAACACGGGAUCAUUACGGGGGAGGGAGUGUGUCUCAAGUACGCAGAAACUGCCCCCUGUGUUUUAAAGGAGCUCAACUUCUGUGUGCGCUCCAAAGAAAAGGUUGGAGUUGUGGGCCGGACGGGAGCAGGUAAGAGUUCCCUCGUCACUGUGUUGUUCCGUCUGUUUGAGCCGACAGGCAAGUUGCUUAUCGAUGGUGUCAACAUCCGAGAGAUCGGACUCCACGAUCUGCGCAGGACAAUCUCAAUCAUACCUCAAGACCCAGUUCUAUUUACUGGGUCACUGCGACAUAACCUUGACCCCUUCAAUCAACACGAUGACCAACAGCUGUGGAGAGCUCUUGAAGAGGUUCAACUGAAGCCCGCUAUAGAGGACCUGCCAGGUAAACUGGAGAUGGAGGUGUCUGAGGGCGGGAUCAACUUCAGCGUGGGUCAGAGACAGCUCAUCUGUCUGGCAAGAGCGAUUCUAGGUCGGAGCCGCAUUCUCAUGAUAGACGAAGCCACAGCUAACGUAGAUCCAAGAACCGACGAGCUGAUUCAGGCGACAAUCCGUGAGAAGUUUCGAGACUGCACAGUUCUGACGAUCGCCCACCGACUUCACACCAUCAUGGAUUCAGACAGGGUGCUGAUUCUUGAUGCAGGCCGGAUAGUCCAAUUUGAUGAACCGUUCAUCCUUCUUAAUAAGAAAUGUGGGAUGUUCUAUGACAUCGUACAACAAACAGGAAAAACCGAAUCAGAGGAUUUGUUACAAGUGGCAGAACUAGCUUUUGAAAGACGCAAAAUAACCAACUCUCUUAACAAGGGAGAUAACUCUCCUAGCAAGGGAGAUAAUGAGGACAUACCAGAGGAAAACAUAGCAAACCAUAUUGGAGUUGGUGGUAAGCCAGAAAUUUCUGAUGAGGAGACUGAUAUCCAAGAAAAGAAACCUGCCAAAACAGAAGAAUUGAAUGAUGAAGGAAGGACAGAUUUGGGAAAUAGGACAGCGAAACAAUUUUUGGUUGAUUUAGAAAAUCACCGUAUGAGUAACUCUGUCUCUGAAAAAAUGGGCUUACUAGAUAGCACUUCAGAUCAGGAAGACUUGACAGAUGACACCAGGAAACAUUCCUCGGACGUUUGCGUAGAGGAUCCCAGUUCCGUGGAUGCGCCCCUUCUCGAUGAUACUGCAUCAGAUAAUUCACUUCAUGUUUGAUUGGUGUCUGAUAUUGUUUUGAUUAUACUGUUGUGAAUUGUCAACAACCCCAGUAUAAUAGGGUUGGUUUUGUGUUGUUGUUUUUUGUGUUGAAAGAUUUUGUAUCAUUUUAUUAUAUACAGUAAAAUACUCUUAUAACGAAGCGGAAGGGCCCAUGAUAGUUAAUUCAUUAUAGCAGCAGUUUGUGUGUACACAUUUGCAUAAGUUGGUUAUUAAUUAAUGUAUAGGGAGAUAUAAAAUGGGACUUUACGACCAGUUCGUUCUAUGCCGUUGUUCAUUAUAAGUGCUUUACUGUAUUUAAAAUAAAGGUACAUAUAUCUGGCACAGACGCAUGAUUUAUGAAAGAAGGGGGGGUCCAAAUGUAAGGACUCAUCUCUCCUUUUACACAGCGCACCUCUUACAGCUGAACAAAUCAUGCUCGAAUUUACCACAAAAAAGGGGGGGGGGGGGGGGUCCGUAACCCCUGGAUCCGCUACUUUGUAUGUACUUUUUAUUAUGUUGGGUUUUGGGUGAUGUCGCAUGGAUCUCUUGUCUCAGUAACUUUAAUAUGCAAGGUGCUGUGGUGUGUGUAUUUCGGGGGUGACGAGGGGUGGGCGAGUAGGUUAUUCCAUCUAGUUAAGUAGUAACCACACUAAGUUUUACACUCGUUUAGGCCUGUUUUCCAUUAACAUGAUUUCACAUGCAAAAUGGAAUGCAACUUUAUCGAUAUAGUAUACAAGCAUGCAUGCAUUCAGGGCGCGGAACAAAAGGUUUAUCAAAGAGCUAUUUUUUUCUAUGCGCGAGUUUUACGCAUGGUGACAUCAUAACACAAAGUGUUUACUAAUGACUUAAAAGUACACUUUGGAAAUGCAGAUAGGGAAAUGCACAUUUCCGUGUGUGGAAACGUACAAUAAAUGAUGCGCAGAAUCAUGUUAAUGGUAAGAUGUUGUCUACGAAUCCACUUUUAAUGUAUCAAGCUGAUGAAAGUUUUAUGCUAGCAGUAUUUUGAUUGGUCAAUAAAAGGUCACCUGGCCAUGGAUCCGAUUUGAGAUCCGAUUUGAAUAGGAUUGAUUUUAUUUUUGACAAAUCUUCAUACAAAACCAUUAACUGAAUUCACUGAAUACCAUUUUAAAUGAUCACAAAAACAUAGCAUUCUCACCAGUUCUUAUAGCACCCUAGUUGGGCCCCUCUUCAGUAUGACCUAGACCUUCUACUGCAAAUGACUGCAGUAGAUUCAAAUCUUGUUAGUACUUAAAGGUUUUCUUCCUUUUUUUAUGCCUUGUGUAUUUUGUUAGAAAUGAUUUUUACUUCUCUUGUGUAUUUUUUCUUUUAAAUAUAUCAUUUUAUUGUGCCAAUUUACAAGGAUGUAAUUUGAUUUAAAAUGUUGAAAAACAUCCUUUGGUUAAUACUGGUAUAGAGUUUUUAGCUUCUUAAAGUUUUAUCUUUUACUGUAUUGUUAAAGGGGUCGCACCUCAGAAGUUAGUAAUCUUUUGAAUGAUCGACUGUUGUGAAAGUUUUAGUUUUUGCGAACAGUAAUCUUUUGAAUGAUCGACUUGUGAAAGUUUUAGUUUUUGGAGAACAGUAAUCUUUUGAAUGAUCGACUUGUGAAAGUUUUAGUUUUUGCGAACAGUAAUCUUUUGAAUGAUCAACUGUUGUGAAAGUUUUAGUUUUUGCGAACAGUAAUCUUUUGAAUGAUCGACUUGUGAAAGUUUUAGUUUUUGGAGAACAGUAAUCUUUUGAAUGGUCGACUGUUGUGAAAGGUAUAGUUUUUUAAAACUAACCUUUUGAAUGAUCGACUGUUGUGAAAGUUAUUGUUUUUGAGAACUACAUGUAUAUAUCUUUUUAGUCAUUUGUGUUUUUAUUAGGUCAUUUUAACCAACAAUUAAUUAAUUAGGAAAUUAAUUGUUUAUAAAAUUUGUAUGUAAUUUUUGUUGACUGUUUUGUGUUUAUUGUUUCGUAUUUAAAAUUUUUAAAGUGAUUUGAUGGAAUUUGAUGUUUGUACACUUAUGUAUAUUGUCUGAAUGUAUAAAAGUAGUGAUUGACGUAAAUAUGUCAUGACUGAAUACAUGUGAAUCAUGACUAUAUAUGCAUGUAUACCAUAAAUAUAUGUACGAUAUAUCAUGACUAUAAAUACAUGUAUACUACACAGACAUGUAAAUCAUGACUAUAUAUUCAUGUAUGUCAUAAAUAUAAAUACAUGUAUACUAUAA